CCCCGAUCCAAACCAUUUAGCUUUCCCCCCAUGAGCCAAUGCUCGCGGAUUCGUUGGGGCUGCGGCUGCCGCAGCUGGAAGAGCUCGGCUUUCUUGCGAACUAUUUCAACGCCAAUUUCAACGGCGUCUUCGAGUUCUAUGGCGUUAAGCCUUUAGUGCAACUGCAGCUGGCGCUGGCUGUGGCCACUGUGGCCCUUGUAGCCUUUCAGCGAUGGCGCCUCGACCGGUCAGCGGACCGACAGUUGAAGGCGGCGGGCCUUUGUGAGGAGCCAACUCCAAGUCCGAAGUUCAAAUGCGAAGAUGACGUCAUGAUCUCACAUGUGCUCCGCGCCCGGCGUGCCGCAGAGCGGCCUCCGGAGCACCAAGCAGUCCAGGAGAUGGCAAAAGAUUUGCUGAAACGCAUGGAUGAAGCGGAGGCUGAGCAAGAGAGGUGGCGCAGAAGAACCAACCGCGCAGGGCAGGAAGAUAGAGAUGAGGGAGGGGAAGAUUGUGACACAGAGGAUGGAGAAGAAGAGGAAGAAGAGGAAGACGAGGAAGAAGAGGAAGAGGAGGAAGAGGAGGAAGAGGAAGAAGAGGAGGAAGAGGACGAGGAUGACGAGUUUGAGAACAACGGUGAGGGCGAAAGAAAAGAAUGACCUGCGCCACACACACAUCAUGACAAGAUCGGUAUAGCGACAAUGGGGAU